AUUUUUUAAAGAUGGCGGAUCCUAUUCCAGCCGCACUGGUCCUGGCUAUUAUUCAGGCUGUUUUUCUGGCAAGUAGCUCUAUAGCACUAUCUGUUCAAAGAGUUUACCACAUCCGUCAUCAUGGAGAAUCAGUAUCAAAGAGUCAUUUCAAAGAAGACACUGCGCGUGAUAUUGCCAACACUCCAUUUUCAAACGGCAAUAGAAUGUCUCGCAUUAUCUUCGAAACUUUUGUCCUAACUUUACUAUCUGGUUAUGUUUUAUUCGAUCAAGUAACAAAAAUGACCGAUGUGUUAUAUCCGGUUAUUGUCUCUAUUAUCACAUUCAUUGCCUGUAUCCAUUGCCUUGUUUUGGCUAUCACUGCUGCAAGAUUUCCUUUACCAAGCAAAACUGGAUGGUCGUUAAAUUUACAUAUCUGUGUCCAUUAUGCUUUCAUAUUUACAUCUUCUAUUGUAAAUGUUAUUACCAUUUUAUGGAACGAUGUUUAUAUCUCUUUUACAUAUGCGCUGCCCUUUUUUUUACUCGCUCUUUUCGGAUUCGAUUUGCUUUAUACAACAGUAACCGUAAAAAAUGGAUCCCCAUUUUUGGAUGAAAACGGGAAGAAGGUCAAUGGCUAUAAUGUCGAAUCAAUUAUUGGUAGACUUUAUUUUAACUGGAUUACACCUAUAGUUGACAUGGUCAAUGAAAAAUCUGGCACAUUAACGGAUGAAGACUUACCAAAUCUGCCCCCCACCCAUCGUGCUCACAACAUGUAUUACAUUUUUGGAGAGAGUCGUGGAAAAAAGUUACUUAAACGUAUAUACCUUGGAAACAGUUUCUCAAUUAAUAUGCAAGCUACACUAGGUGCUAUUUUGCCUAUGAUUUAUUUUUCUACGCCCUUUUUUCUAAACCGCUUCUUAACUGUAAUUCAAGAGAUUACAUCUGGGGAGGGCGAUUCAAAUUCGUACUUGCAAGGUUUUGGGUAUAUUUUUGGAAUGGCAAUUUUCAUCACAAUCAGUAAUCUAUUAUUAGAACAGCUAUGGUUUUUUGCACAAGCUAGUUCGCAAACACGGAUUAAGUCCAUGCUAAAUAUGGAGAUCUAUAGAAAAACACUGCGGCGCAUGGAUGUCAAUGUGAUGGCCGGAGAGAAGAUCAAUAAAAAAGAGCAUGUCAAUAAGGAGAAUGAUGAAAUUGAGGGGAACGAAGCGAGUUCAAUGACUGGUAUGAUUGUUAACCUGAUGAGUACCGAUUCCUCAAGAAUUUCGGAUUUUUUAACUUGGUGGUUUGUUAUUAUUGAGGUACCCCUAGAGCUUUUUAUUGGUAUCUAUUUCUUGUACAGCUUGUUGGGUUGGUCAUCAAUCUUGGGGCUGGCUGUAAUGGUGAUUGCACUUCCUAUCAAUCACUUGAAUUCAAAGAUAUCUAUCCGCACGCAAGCUAAGUUGAUGAAAAGACGUGACAUGCGAGUAUCUUUAAUGAAUGAGGUGUUACAAGGAAUUCGUCAAAUCAAAUUUUUUGCGUGGGAAUCUAACUGGACUGAACGUAUUCUGGAGACAAGAAACAUCGAACUUGGUCACCUUCGAACUGUUUACAUUACCGAAGUAAUUCUUAAUCUUCUGUGGCAAGGUGUCCCUCUAAUAGUCAACACAGUUGCAUUUUGGUCAUUCACCAAACUAGAAGGCAAAGAACUCACAGCACCAAUUGCCUUUUCUUCCAUAUUAAUCUUCAACGAAAUUAAGGAAACUUUUACGGUUAUUCCCGAAACAGUUAUCCAUUUGUUGGAAACUUUAAUUAGCAUAGACCGCAUUGAAAAAUACCUGGAAGAAGAUGAAGUUUCCAGUUCCGAUCAAAAUACCUACACAUUUUCGGCUGAGCCAUCCUCAUUUGUACCUAUCACUCAAAUAGGGUUCAAAAAUGCAACUAUUGGUUGGCCCAAAACCCAUAGAAACGCUGAAUCAGAAACAGCCACGUUAAACGAAGAACAAAACUCAUUUAUUUUAAAGGAUCUUGAUGUUGUAUUCCCUAACAAUGAGCUAUCUUUAAUUUGUGGUUCCACAGGAUCCGGCAAGACGUUACUCAUGUUGAGUUUGCUGGGUGAAACCGAAAUCAAGAAAGGUACCGUAUCUUGUCCUAGAUCUGCCUCUUCAUCAAGUUUAGAUGACACCACUGCAAUUAAUUCAAUCAAACCACCUGAAGAUGCACCUAUUGUCCCCGAAGAUUGGAUUCUUCCAUAUGCAGUUGCUUAUGUAUCUCAAACCGCCUGGCUACAAAAUGCUUCCAUCAAGGACAAUAUUUUAUUUGGUCUACCGUAUGUUUCAAACCGUUACAAGGCUACUUUGACCGCCUGUGCUUUAGACAAGGACUUGUCAUACUUGGAAGAUGGCGAUACUACAGAAAUUGGUGAAAAGGGAAUUACUUUAUCUGGUGGACAGAAGGCGCGUGUUGCUUUAGCAAGAGCUGUUUACUCUCGUGCGCAAAAUGUCAUGAUGGAUGAUGUAUUAAGUGCAGUAGAUGCACAUACCGCGAAACAUUUAUUCAAAAAGUGCUUGCAAAGUCCAUUGAUGAGCGGUCGAACUCAGAUUCUGAUCACGCAUCAUGUCAAUUUAUGUAUCCAAGGGGCAGCACAUGUGGUCUUCGUCAAAGAUGGUCGUAUAAAAUUAUCAGGAUCACCUGCUGGAUUGAAAAAGAAUAAUCAACUAUCCAUGAUAUUUGAAGAAAACGUACAAGAAGGUGAAUACGAAGAACAAGAAGACGGGUCACCAGUUAUUGCAGAGACAAAAAAAACCAAUGACAAACCAAAGAUAUUGGUUCAAGAUGAAGAUCGUGCUAGCGGUACUGUCAAGAUGAGACUUUAUAAACUUUACUUUGGACUAGUAGGCAGUUGGUUUUUUUGGACAGUAGUUUUCACAGCAAUUAUUGGUGUCAAAGGAUUGGACAUCCUAUCUAAUUGGUGGUUGAAGAGAUGGACUCAAUCUUACGAAGUAGUUGGCGAUAAUCUCAGCUCAGACAAUCUUUUAAAUGUUCACAAUGUCAUAAAUUCUGUUGGAAGGUGGCCUAUCUCAACUUAUGGUCAAAAAAAUUUAGUCCUAGCUCCUUCCAUUUACACCCAAGAAGAUGCUUCAAACAGUUUGAACAAAUAUUUAGGAUUUUACGCAUUGAUCAAUCUCGUCAGUAUUAUUUUGAGUGUAUUCCGAUAUGCUUACAUGUAUUGGGGUGGGAUUCGUGCCAGCAAAAGACUCUAUGAAAAACUAUUAGAUCGUGUUUUCCACGCACCCCUUCGUUUCUUUGAUACCACACCUGUGGGCCGUAUUGUUAAUCGAUUUUCUAAUGAUUUUCUAACGGUUGAUGCUAACAUACCAAUGGAUAUUAUGCAAUUCUUGGUGCAGGUAGUAAUUAUCGCCGCAAUUGUGGCUGUAGCUGCAUCUGUAUUACCUGCUCUAAUUGCGAUAAUGAUUUUUACUGCCGCUAUCAAUGUUUAUUACGGACUUAGAUUUGUGUCUAGCUCAAGAGAUCUUAAAAGAUUGGAUUCAGUCAGCCGAUCGCCUCUAUUCACUCUUUUUAGUGAAACCAUUGUAGGUGUCACCACCAUUCGAGCCUUUGGUAUGUCACAAAACUUUAUGCUGGAAAUGAUUCGUCGGAUUGACGAUAAUACAAGACCUAUGUUUUAUGCCUGGUUGGUCAAUCGCUGGAUCAGUACACGUAUUGCAAUUACCGGAGUUAUUAUAUGUGUUGUAACGGGUGUAACCAUCUUGUUUAAUCUGGAUCAUGUGGAUGCUGCUACUGCCGGUUUUUGCUUAAGUUAUGUUCUUAUGUUCACAAACAUGACGUAUUGGGGAGUAAGAAGAUACAGUAUGCUUGAAAUGAGUUUCAAUGCAGUUGAACGAAUUGCCGAAUUUUUAGAAAUAGAACAAGAAGCACCUUCGAUCACCGACGUCCGACCUCCUCCUAACUGGCCUAGUGAAGGAUCCAUCCAAGUAAAUAAUUUACAUGUAAAAUACGCGGCUGAUCUUGAAACAAUCUUGAAAGGUGUUGCAUUUUCUGUCAAACCCAGGGAAAAGAUUGGUAUUGUAGGAAGAACAGGAAGUGGUAAAUCCACUUUAGCACUUGCCUUUUUCCGAUUCAUCGAAUUAUACAAAGGGUCUAUUGUCAUUGACGGUGUUGAUAUUUCGGAUAUUGGUACUGAAGACUUGCGCAGUAAUUUGACUAUUAUUCCUCAAGAUCCUGUCUUGUUUUCAGGCACACUUGAAUCUAACAUGAACCCUUUCAACGAAUUUAGUAAGGAUGACAUCUUUACAGCCUUACGCCGUGUUCAUCUCUUGGACGAUGCUUCCGAACAAGUUAAUGAGAAUGUAUUUAAAGAUCUCAGUACACCUGUAAGUGAAGGAGGUCAAAACUUCUCACAAGGUCAAAGACAGCUUCUAUGUCUUGCACGCGCUUUAUUAAAAAACCAAAAAGUUGUGCUGAUGGAUGAGGCGACUGCGAGUGUUGAUUUUGAAACGGAUAAAGCAAUCCAAAAAACUAUAGCACAAGAGUUUGCAGAAAGUACAAUUCUUUGUAUUGCGCAUCGUCUGAAUACGGUUAUUGAGUAUGAUCGAAUUUUGGUACUGAAUCACGGUGAGAUUGUCGAAUUCCAAAGUCCCUUGACUCUGUUACGUGAUGCAAAUUCCGCAUUUUACAAAAUGUGUCGAAAUUCAGGUGAAUUCGAAAAUCUUCUAGCACUUGCUAAAGCAAAACACGAAUUAGUUGACACUACAUAAAAUCCUGUAUUAGUUAUUAUCGUACACAUUUUAAAUAGAUGACACUAAUUGAUAAUAAUAAAAAACCACUGGAUAAAAUAGGUUUUAAAAGCCUUAUAAUAUACAAAAUUAAUAACUAC